AUGAAUAGCUGUACUAGUUCUGCCGCCUAUUUUGGCAAGACUAGUGAGGUAACAGAGUUUCUAGAUGAGUUUAUUCGCUUCCGGAAGAAGAUACUGAGCUCUUCUGACACUCCUGUGUCUGAUUUUUCAGUUCCCAACCACCCCUAUCGCAGAUCUAAGUUUUUAAACAGCUCCAAACCUUCUGAUGACCCUAAAUUAAACGGUGUACAUACAAACCAGGAUAUCCACAAUGAUAGUUUUAAAGAACCUGAAAGUCUUUCUAGGGAUCAUGGCUCUAAUCAGGAUAAUCUUUUAUGUGUUGCCUUGCAAAUGUCUGUUGAUGAUGAAUUGCAUCUCGAUGCCUUCAUUUCACUGGUCGAUGCUUAUUAUUCUAUGGUUCAAGAGUUUCCUGACCUCGACCACUCUGAGUUUGAACUGGGUGAGAUUCUCAAAAAUGCCAAAAUAACAAAUCGAAAGUUUCCUAAGAUUGAGAACAGAAUUGAUAUUGAGUGGUCCAAGAAGACUGCUCACGAGUUGAAGUAUCAGCUUCUGAUUAAGGACAUUAAGGAACUUCUGGUGCCUAGUCAAACCCGUUUUUCCGACUUCAAGCCUCCCAUUAUGUUAGUUUUUAAAAUUUUUAUUUUUUUUAGUUCUGGGCUAAACAUAUUCUUUGGCGUUGCUCUUACCUUCAUCGGUUCAUACUCAAUUUCUGGCUUCCUUGGUGUCAAAGACCCUCUUUACGUUUGUUUUUUUUUCUUAACUUUUGUUCAGAGGUCGCUAAUUGGGGUGGUUUCCUCCUUCAUUGCUCUCGUCGUCGACACUGUCCUCUACCUAAUGAAACCCUCUUAA